UUUGAAGCUCACUUGAUAGUCACAAUACAUUCAGUCGAUCAGAAGCGAAACGGCACUCAGAUUGUGUGUGAUAUAAAAAACCACCGACAAAAAACAAAAAAAAUGUCAUACUCCUGGGAUAACCGUGUAGACUUUGUUGUACGGUAUAUGUAUGAUAUCGACAACAAUGGCUAUCUGGAUCAAAAUGACUUCCAGUGCAUGGCUGUACGAGCAUGCGUUGUGGAGGGCAAAGGCGACUGCAGUGCUGCCCGCAUUGAAGAAUAUCAAAAACUUAUGAAGAACUUGUGGGAUGAAAUCUCAGAAAUUGCUGAUGAUGACAAAGACGGUAAAAUUUCAAAUGCCGAAUUCAAAGAAGCCGUACGAAAAACUUGCGUUGGCAAGAAAUACGACGAAUUCCCCCAGGCAAUGAGGGCAUUUAUUGAAGCCAAUUUCAAAAUCCUAGACAUCAAUAGUGACGGUAUUGUGGGUGUUGAGGAAUACCGUUAUAACUGCAUUACCAGAAUAGCUAUCGAUGAUGUUGCACCAAUCGAUAAAGCAUUCGAGACUCUAUUAAAUGACGACGACAGGAAACGCGGUGGUCUGUCAUUGGAUCGUUACAAGGAACUGUAUGCUCAAUUUUUGGGCAACACUGCCGACGACCAUCCAGCUGUCAACUUGUUCGGGCCUUUAUAAAUACACAAAUAAAAAAACAAGCAAAAUUUUUAACUAUAUAAAAAUAAAUAUAUAUUUUUUUGAUUGUCUUCGCUGUUGUUCAACUAUUGUCAUUUAAGUGUCAUUCAUAAUCACUUUUACAUUAUAUCUAAUUAAUUAACUAUGGCAAAAAAGUGAAUUUACGUUAUGUACCCACGCACACCGAAAAGUAUGUAGAAUCGUUAAAAAACAUAAAAACAAUACAAUAUACAUAUAUACAUAGAUAAUUGUUAAUGGAAAGCAAUAAAAAGCAAAAUCUACCUUUUUUUGCUCUCCCACAAAAUGAAAAAACAAAAAAACAAUCUUGACAUAUGUCUCUCUCUCUUAAUCUUAAAAAAAAAAACAAAAUGAACAUAAUAAUGAAAUAAAAUAUUUAAGGACUUUCUAUACAGAAUAUACAUUUAUGAAGUUAUGAAAAAAGAAAGAAUAUUUAACACACAGAAAGUAUAUAAAUAAAUAUAACAUAUUUACACAUAUGUAUAUAUAUAAUACAUAUAUAUAAAUAUUUUAACAUUAUUAGCACACAAUUACUAUAUAUUUUACGUAAAACUUAUUAAAUGUUUGUAUCAAUAACGGCACACACUUCAAAAGGCAAGUGUAAAAAACUAUCAAUUUUAAGUACACACUUUAACAAAUUAUGAUGUUCCUUUAUUUUAUACAAUAAAAUAUAUAAAUAUCUUCGGAUCAA